AUGGCCUUGGCAUCACCCCUGGUGCAGCUCCUAGCAGAGGCCAGCUGCCCCGUCUGCCUGGAUUACCUGAGAGACCCCGUGACCACUGGCUGUGGGCACAACUUCUGUCUCUCCUGCAUCCAGCAGUGCUGGGAGGGUCUAUGGGACAUCUUCCCCUGUCCUGUCUGCCUCCAGCAUUGCCCUGACAAGAGCAUCACUGGGAACACCCAGUUAUGUCACAUGAUUGAUUUUGUGAAGAAGCUUCCCAACAUGGAAGACGUGAGGAAAUGGCAGAAAGAGAAAACCUUGUGUGAGAAGCACAAGCAGAUUCUGAGCCUGUUCUGUGAGAAGGACCUGGAGCUGCUGUGUCCCCAGUGCAGGGUCUCCUCUGACCACAGCGGUCACCCCCUGGGACCCACGGAGCCAGCUGCAGCCUCUCACAGGAGGAGGCUCAAAGCCCACAUCGAGCCCCUGACACAGCAGCUUGAAGAUGCUGAAACAGCAUUAGAAAUGCAAGUCUCAAAAUCAUUUGAGUUGGUGUGGGAGGUGGGGAAUCGAAGGAGGGAAUUGCUCUCUGAAGUUGAACACAUUAAGAAUUUCUUAGGAAUUGUGCAGGAUGAAAUUCACUUUAGGUUAUUAAAUAAAGAGAAGGAUACUCAAGGUAAGAUAAUUGAGGAAAAAACCCAAAUAGCAAACCUUGGAUCCUCAUUGCAAAGUCUGCUUGAUGAAAUCACUGAGAAGUGUUUGCAGCCUGACCUGGAUUUACUGACAGGCAUUGAAAGGCUCCACAGCACAUAUGGAAACCUAGAGAGCCCAGCAGACAUUUCAUAUGAGUUAAAGAAGGAGAUUUUCACUCUCCCCCCACAAUAUUUUGGCCUCCACAAAAUGAUCAGCACAUUUCAGGUACAUCUGACUCUAGAUGCUGAAACUGCUCACCACAGUCUCAAAAUUUCAGAAGACAGGAAAACUGCAAGUUUUCGAAAAAUGGGACCAAGCUGUGUUCUUAAUCGGAAGGCAUUUACUAAUUUCCUAGCUGUCUUGAGUUCUGAGGGAUUUGACGCUGGCAGGCAUUUUUGGCAGGUGGAAGGAAGAUGCCCAGGUGAAUGGGCCUUAGGUGUGUGUAGAGAAUCUUUCCCCAGAAAUACUCCUAUAUCACCAGCCCCAAGCAAUGGCUGCUGGCAGUUUGAGCUCUGGGAUAGUACACCUGACACAUGGGAUUCUGGUAACCCCUGUCGGAUUGGCGUUUUCCUGGACUAUGAGUUGGGAGAAAUUUCUUUUUACAAUUUGAAUAAUAGAUCUCACUUACAUACAUUCAGUGAUAUUUUUACAGAAAAACUUAUGCCCUGUUUCUCUAUUGGACCUUCUUACAAAUCACUUACAAUAAGUCUAGUUGACGAUGAGUGCUGA